UUUCGUCCUAUCGAGGCCACCGUAGUUCUAGUGACGUGACGUCAUCAUGUGUCGAAUCCCAACAUGGCGCUGUCGGUACGGGCUCAUGUGGCACGACAUCUCCUGAUCAAGUUCUUCAGGAAGCUUCACCGAGCCCAACGAAGGUUUCUCUGUGAUGGGGACACGUUGGAAACUAAGGUGUCUAUGGCAACAUCGGAGCGGGUAUUUUCAGGGAUCCAGCCCACUGGGGUCCCACACCUGGGCAACUACCUGGGGACCCUGGCGACAUGGGCAUCCCUCCAGGACCGCUAUCCGUCAGUCAUAUACAGCGUGGUGGACCUGCAUGCUAUCACCCAGCCCCAGGACCCCCGCAGUCUCAGGACCAACGCGCUGGACAUGGUGGCCAGCCUUCUGGCGUGUGGCAUCGACCCAAAUAAGUCCGUUCUCUUCCAGCAGUCUCAGGUGCCUGAGCAUGCCGAACUCUCCUGGAUCCUCGGAUGCUUGACCAGCAUGCCACGCCUUCGACACCUGCCACAGUGGAAGAUGAAGAGCAAGCAGAAGAACGAAGGCAGCGUGGGUCUGUACACGUAUCCUGUCCUCCAGGCUGCCGAUAUUCUCCUUUACAAGUCCACGCACAUCCCUGUCGGCGAGGACCAGGUCCAGCAUCUGGAGCUGACCCAGGACUUGGCCCGUAUCUUCAACAAGCGCUACGGGGACCACGUCUUCCCUGAACCCCGCGCUUUGCUCAGCUCCACCCGAAAGAUCAAAUCCCUCCGGGACCCAUCAUCAAAGAUGUCGAAAUCGGACCCCCAUAGCAUGGCGACCAUUUACAUCACAGACACCCCUGACGAAAUCACUCUGAAAAUCCGCCGCGCCGUCACCGACUGUACCUCGGAGGUGACGUACCACCCAGAAACGAGGCCCGGAGUGUCCAACCUGGUUGCCAUCCACGCCGCCGCCGCCACCAUCGAUGUCGACGAGGCGGUCUCACAAGCACGAGGUUUGGACACGGCGGCGUACAAGAAUCUGGUCGCCGAUGUUGUUGUCCAGAGGCUGGCGCCCAUUCGAGACGAGGUUUUGCGGCUCAGGGCGGAGCGCCCCCACCUGGAGGGCGUGCUGGACGAGGGGCGGACAAAAGCCAGGCGGAUGGCCACCAUCACGCUACAGGAAAUCAAAACAUUAGUUGGGUUAUGUUGACAGCGGGAUUUGGGACUGCCGCUGUAUCACUGACAAUUUUUGAGAUGACAUCCCAGUUAAUUUCCCACCUCCCAAUUUGUUUUUUUUUUUUUAACUGAAACUUUUUUUUUCUCUUCACUCUUGCUCUCGCUCCUCUCUCUUUCUUUAUAUGUACAUAAGGAGCGUGUGUAUUUAUUUGUGUGUGCCUGUGUGUGUGUGUGUGUGUGUGUGUGUGCGUGCGUGUGUGUGUGCGUGUGUGUGUGUGUGCGUGUGUGCGUGUG